AUGCGCACUUUCAUUGUUCUCUGUUUAGUGGCUGUUGCCUGUGCCGAUCAAUUGGGCUACAACUAUCAACCUGUUGAUCAUUCCGCUGCCGGAUUAUCAUUCGCUCCUAGUGGCUCAUAUGGUUCUUCAUCGGAUAAUGUUCCUUCUUUUGCUCCUCAAGGAUAUAAUGCUGAAGCUUCCCACGCAUCUCCAUCAUAUGCUCCCCAAGCUGAACUUGAAAAGGAAUUUUAUACAUUCAGCGCUAACGAUGACGACUUCAAUGAUCCCGCUGCUUCAAACCAACACUCCAAUGCCAUCAAACAAGGUCUUCGCGUUAUUUUCAUUAAGGGUCCUGAACACAGUGGUUUGGAAGAUGCUGCUCUUGGUUUAGCCAAACAGGCUGCUGGUCAAAAGACUGCCAUCUAUGUUCUCAACAAACAAGCUGAUCUCUCAGAUUUGGCCAACAAACUCAAUUCUGCCAACAAGAAUAACAACAACAAGCCUGAAGUACAUUUCGUCAAAUACCGCACCCCAGAGGAUGCUGCCAACGCCCAAAAAGCCAUUCAAGGCCAAUACGAUUCUUUGGGAGGUUCUUCUCAAUCUCAUAAUGGUGGUGUUGCUCCUGUAUUGAACUUUGCAUCAAGCGCUCCAGUGUCUGCUCCCGCAUACGCAGCAUCUGCUCCAGGAUCUGCUUAUUUGCCUGCUUCGGUUGUACGUUCAUAA